AGGACACGUAAUCUAUGCCUAAUUGUCAUGUCAAGCCUCUUCCAAGAUGUGCUGCACGGGUGCAAGGAGAUCCGUACCAUAAGUUCCACGACAUCCAACUUUAUCAUAUUGUUACGGCGACAGAUUAUCUUCUCAGGUAGAGAAUCCAUCAUGUUCUUCGUUCUACCGAAUUCAAUUCGAUCUAGGCUCCGGCCUUUGGGCUCAAUCCGUGCGACGUUGAGCAUUCCCAUGGAUGCUGGACCUUUUCGAUCUUGGUUUUCGUCGGAGUCUAAGACGCCGAUAUCAGAAGCCGAGACCGCGAUUGUUAGGAAACCAAGCACCGCGGAUGUAGUGGACGAGAAUGGAGUAGAAGAGGCCGUCCCUCUCCCCGAACAGAAGGCGACCUUGACGUCUGAGAUUAGCAUUAUUGUGAACCUGCCCGCUCAGCCAUCGGGGACAGACUGGAAAUGUGCGCGGCAAGGAAUGAGACUCCUCGCCACAGCUGUGGAAGAAUCGAUGGCGGCAAGUCCAUCUUACAGCGCCUCAUUUGAGCGCCGAUCCUACAUCGACGGGGUGUCAUACCUUAUGAAAGCCCUGCCAGCGGACCUGGAUGAGACCGAAGCGACGAUUCUGAGGCGCUCAUUGCCACCAUCUCUUGUCGAUCAAAUAGUACCGGUCGAGAUGACACGGCCAUACACGCUACAGCCCGCGGGCGGCCGCUCGUUUUUACAUCGUGGGACGCAAAUGGUGGUCUCGACGGUGAUCGUGUGGCUCUGCUUUGUCUGGCCCUACAUCCUGUCCCUCGUGAGGAUGAUGGUGCAUUACGAGAGGAAGUACAAGUUCGGGGAGAAUAUCGUUGGCCAGGGCAUACAACUCGCCAGCACCGUCGGGAGGAAAGGCAUGAAAUUAUCCGGCGCUGUAUAUAACAUGAGUGACGGUAAGGUGAGACAGGUGUUGGCGGACGCUCUGGCUAGGACGCUUCACAGCAUAGCUGGAGGGGCUUGGGAAGGGGUCGAGCAAGGCUGGUCUACGGUUUGGAAGAAAGGGGAUUAGACAGUACGCUCUAUAUACGACGGUUUGCGCAUGACGGUCAGCGUAUGAUGUGCUCUGCUGGGAUGGUCACUGCUGGGCG